UUUUUUUUUUUUUUUUUUUCAUAUAGUUAUCAGAUAGUUUUCCGAAUUCUCAACAUGGCAUCAAAAUCGGAUUUUGCACAGAAGCUGCUCCACGAUCUUCGUGCGCGCAAGGAAAAGAUGGCUGCUGCUCAAAGUUCGAGUCGGCAGUCCACACAUACAUCAAGAGCUGCACAUGGAAACACCAGGCCGAAUUCCAAAGGCUCUCGACAUAUAAACACACUAGAAUCGGCAAGCUCUAGAACAGGUAGUGGAAGAUCGAACAAUAAAACCCACACUUCAAUAAUCACAAAUGAAAACUCCAGCCAAAUUAUUCUCUACAAAAGCGGCCAAAAAGCCUCCGGACAAAAAGUCAAAGACCUAUCCAUGGCCAUAGCCCUCGCCUUUGAAAAUGGCGGCAACCUAACCAGCAUCCGAGCCUCCGCCACAAACCCGCUCGUAAAUUUCUUCAACCGAUUUAGUCGAAAAUCGCGGGACACUCACAAGAUGGACUUGACAACAUUCGGCAACAAAAAUCAUUCUCAGAUUCCUAAAAUCUCCAACAUACAAGUAAGUGAAGUGUCGAAAGGCGUUCAGAGGCUGAAUCAAAUUUUACGAGCCUGCUCAAACGGGUUUAGCCUUGAGGGGGGCUCGAUUGAGGUCGGGAAAGAAUUAAUGAAAGGUGCAAUGGAUUUAGAAGAGUCGUUAAGAAUGCUCGUCAAUUUACAGGAGGCCUCACAACAUGCAGAGAAUACUCGGAACAAAGGCCGGAUUAAGCUACUCGACGAGGAUGAAGAUGAUAAUAAUUCUAAAAUAGCCGAGAAAUGGGAAUUGGAUCGGCCGAAAUUCUCGUUCGAUAGGCCGAGAAGGAGGCAGAUGGAUUUAUUGGGAUUUGACGAGACUUCAGAAGCAUCAAGUAGGGAUUUGGGUGUUUUUACGCAAGUGAAACAAACUCGGAGCUCGAGUUCAUCACAGCCGACACAAGAGAAGAAGAGAAUAUCGAAUGUCGUGGCUAAAUUAAUGGGGCUUGAAGAGACUCCGCUUAAUGAGGAUUUCAUGCACAAGAAAAGUGAUGCUAAGGGGAAACAAGGACAAAUCCCGAAACAAACAAUUAACAAGUCGUUUGAGCCUUUGAAUAGAGAGAGUAAUAAUAAUACAACAAAAGGCCAUAGCACUGCAACAACUCAAGUUAACGGGAGUCGUCAAAUUUUUGGAGAUAAUCAGAGGAAACAAAAUUCCGGAAUUGACAGACAAAGCAAAACCAUCAAGAGUGAAAGCAAGAUGCAAACUUUAAACUCCGAGCUGCAGCAAAAGGCACAGAACAGGAGAACCAAAAAAGCAGAACACAAAGCAAUUGACGAUAUUGAGUACAACCCAGGUGCAAGCUCAACAGAAAUGAGGAAAGCAAAUGAAGAACUCCCGAGCAAUCAACCAAAGCAUGAAGAAAAACGUAGACAGAUUCAAGAGCAGGUGCUUACAAGAGGUGAACGUUCACAGGACAAGCUACAGAAGGUGCAAAAUGGCCAAGUAUCCAUGAUAACCUCAAAAUCCAAGAAAAUUACGGCCGUAAAUUCACAGAGGCUUUCGCAUGAUAAGUCGGUAGCUGGCAACAAAAGAUCCACAAAAGCUAUUGCAAAACCUCCACCUAAGGACCCACCAAAGAGAACAGAUCAAGAUGAUGUCCCCAUGAUUGAUAUCUCUCAACAGACUGUGACAAAUAAGGAAAAUAUCAAGAAAGAAGAUGGAAGUCAUAAGUCGUUUACAAGAGAACCAGAAACAGAUGUGGAAAACGAAAAUAGAAAUCCGGAACCCAUGAAGGGGAAGGCAUUUGAGGUCUCGACCAAACAUAAGGCAGUGAUUCCCAAGAAAGUUCAAAAAAGUGAGAUUCCACAAAAGAUAGAUGUACUGAUGUCUAGAAGACAAGCAAAUGUGAAUCACUUAACAAGAUCAACGAAGCAGCCAGCAAAGCUGCUGAAGGAUUUGAAGCAACAGAUGCAUAACAAACACCGGAACAGUAAAAGAAUAGAAGAACAAAGUAAUAGUGAGAUGCAGAAUGAAAAAGAAGAAAUGAAUGUGUACAGUGCAUCAGAAAACACUAACAUCGAACCAGAGAAGCAACGGGACAAGUUAGAAAAGGAAGAAGCCAAGAGUGUCGUGCUAAACAUUUCAGUGGAGGAUGAAAAACAAAUAGCCAAUGUGCAGACUACCCAGUGUGAUGACCAAACCAUAAAAGCUGGAGAAGUUUCCAAUGAACUCGAGACAGUGGAAGAGCCAUAUGCUCUUGAAGAUGAACAAGAGCUCAAACAAAGUGAUCAAAUCACAAGAGACAACAAGGGAGAAAGCAUAGAAGAACUGCACAAUCUUCCUCAAAACGAGGACAAGCAAACGCCCAUACCUGACAGACGAGAGCAACUCACAGAACCCGAAAAACAUCUCAAGGAGAUGGCGAUUAAAAGCCAGAUGUUCCUCAGCACAGCAGAAGCGCUUUUCAAGCUCAACCUGCCCGCCAGCUUCCUCCACGCGGCAGAACAAGAUUAUGAAGCCCCAGAAAACAAGCUCGUCCUGAACUGCGCGCAGGAAGUGAUGAAGAGGAAAGCGAGGGGACACGGAGUCGCAAACCACCCCCACAUGAAACCAGCCUCGGCCGGUCCCAAGGUGCGAUCUUUCGACGAUUUGAUCAAGCAGCUGAGCAAGGACUUGGAAACCCUGAAGCUGUACGGCGGGAAUCUCGGCGACGAGCGUGAUUUAGCGGCGAGACUGUACAGAAUGCUGGAGAAGGACAUCGGCGGCGGGGGCGCGGAUGUGAACUGUAUGUGGGACCUCGAAUGGAGCAAUCUCAUGGCGUUGGUAACUGAGAAGGACGAUGUUGUGAAGGAGGUCGAGAGGUAUAUGCUCAAUGGUUUGCUUGAUGAGAUCACCGGCGAUUUGGUGGCUCUGACAGUGUCGGGUUGAGCGGAUUGGGUGCCCAUUUGGGGUUUUUACUGCAAAUUGGGUUUUAUAGCUUUCAAUCUACGGAAGCUUAACAAAAAAAUAAAACAUAAAUAUCCUUUUGAUGCAUUGUGAGUGAAUAAGGACACAAAGCAAGGUUUUUUUUUGCGAGUAUCUUCUUGGUAGAGUGUGAAUCCAGUUUUUUUCUUUGUACUGUGUUGUUUUUGCUGCUACUGGAGAGAAUGGCGUGUCAUACAUAACUUUUUGUGAUAUUUUAUACUUUAUAUUAUAGGUUAAAUUGCAAAAUAA